AUGGCAACAAUGCAGGAGCGCAUAGCCUUCUGUACCUUUGGCAUGUUUAUCAUCGACCAGAUCGAGUACUUGAAUACUAGUCGAGCGCCGGCGCAGAAGAUACUCGGUGGGGCAGGUACAUACGCAGCUCUGGGAGCCAGGCUUGCCGCAGGAAGAGCAAAUUCUCAUGCCGUGUCCUGGAUAGUGGACAUGGGGUCAGAUUUCCCGCCUGAAUUCCGUGCUUUGAUCGAAACGUGGCAGACGAGCUGCACAUUCAGGUUAGACCUGGGCCGAUUGAGCACCACUGCGUGGAAUGGGUACGGACCGAAUGAAUUCCGGGCCUUCAAGUAUUUGACACCAAAAUUACGACUUGACCAAGACUCCCUGUCUGAUGAACAGUCUCUGGCAGAGUCUUUCCACAUGGUGUGUUCACCUGAGCGGUGCAUGUCGAUCGUGAAAGGCGUUCUGGCCCGUCGACUGAAGAUUGCUCCCACCGAGCCGAGACCGGUGUUUGUCUGGGAGCCAGUGCCGGAUCAGUGUACUCCGAGUGAGCUUGAGAAAGUCCUACACGCAGUUGAACAUGUCGACGUCAUCAGUCCUAACGCAGAAGAGUUUGCGGCUUUGUUCACGGGCAGUUCUGAACAAGGCUCGAGAAAGACGAUGGUGGAGAAGCUCUUGGGGCUAAACAGAGAGAAGUCAUCGGAUGCCCUGCUUGUGAUCCGCGAAGGAGCACAGGGCUGCACUACAUAUCACGGCUCGCGAGCGCUACAUUUGAAGGCUUCUCAUCAAAACGCAGAAUUUGUGGUAGAUCCUACGGGUGGCGGAAACACAUUCUUGGGUGCCCUGGCCGUUGCUCUGACGGGCCGGGUCCUCCCUUCAGAGCAGCCUCUGGUCGAGGCUGUACACGUCGAAGAUUCUCGGACGGGGCGGAUGCUCCUUGCUCUCCUGCAUGCCACAGUAGCAGCUGGUUAUGCGAUCGAGCAGGUCGGGAUGCCUGUUCUCACAGAUGUGCAACAGGAUUCUUGGAACGGUGAUACAUACCAAGAUCGAUUCAUGUCUUAUCUUGCACGCGAGAAAUCAUAUAUAGUUGACCAGCUUAAACACUGGAAACCAACAGAGCCCUGA